AUGUCCGCCAGGUGCGACGACCCGCGUGUUAAGUUGCCCUCUAUCCAAAAUCUGCUGGCGUCGUUGGACCGCUGCGAUGAGAGGCCCGUGACGGGCCCGACCAUUGUGACUCGGCCCGCGGUGUCGCCUUGGAACACCCACACACCACAGCCGCUGGCGCUCGCCGAGUCGCACUUGCACAGCCGCGCGUACAACCACACCCACACACCGCAGCGACUAUGGGAGGCUACGCCAACGGCGGCGGCGGCGGCGGCGGCGGCUGCGGCUGUGUCCGGUAUGUCCGCACCCGGCAUGUCCGCUACACCCGCGCCCGUUAUACCCGCGUCGUCGUCUUCUUCUUCGUCGUCUACGUCGUCUACGUCAUCUUCGUCGUCCUUGUCGUCCCCGCCCGCGUCGUCGUCCUCGCCAGUGUCACCAAUCUCCCCGGUCUCGUCCGCUGGCGCGUCUUUGCCGCCAAAGUCGUCGGCCGCGCUGGCGUCGCGCCGAACAAACCUGCCCAAGAAGACCGUCGAGAUCCUCAACGAAUGGCUCGUGUCGCAUCUCAACUACCCGUACCCGUCGCCACAGGAAAAACGCGAACUGCUGGCCAAGACCGGACUCAGCAAGGUCCAGCUCAGCAACUGGUUCAUCAACGUUCGGCGUAGAAAGGUUUUUAGCGACUAUUACUUGAUGUCGCGACCAUUAGCCGCGGGCGGCGAGACGACGGCAGCGACGACCACCCCGACCGGAGCCGGAAAUACUGCUACGGGGGCCACUUCUACUAGUAGUACAGCUAUCGCCGUCGAACAUGAUAAGACGCUUCCUUCCACCACCGUGCCAUUCACAAGACGCAAGAAACUCAUCGAUAGGCUCGAAGAGCUGAAAAGAGCGACGCAGUCGUGA